ACCGCUUAAUAUCCUGUUUCUCUCUCUAAGAAAAAAGAUAAUCUCUCUCUCUCUGGAGAAAAUCAGAGCGGAAGGUAUUAUCAAGAUGUUUGAAGCUUAAUAAUAAUCAGUGGCAGAACUUUUAUGCACAUAAGAUAAAAGAAAUGCAGAGAGAAUUCUCAAUCUCAGGCCGUGAGAAGCCCACUGUCUCUGCAGCGUCGCCGCCUUAUACAGGGGGCUAUGAUUUUGCCGCGUCGCUCUACCCCUCAAUUUUCCCGCCAAUGCAUUCGCCUCUUCUCGAUUACUUGAACGAUGGUGUAUCGCCUUCAAGGGAAAGUGACGAUGUGUCGACCUCAUGCUUGCCUCAAAUCCAACAGCAGCAUCUGCACCAGGACUUGAUGGACCGUCACCAAAGGGUGCUCUCCAACCUCCGUGACGUGGCGAAUCAGGCGCAGGCCCUCCGCCAUGAGAACGUUAAUCUCAAAAUGGCCAACCUUGACUUAAACAAUCGUUUGAAUAUGUUGCUCAAUGCGGCGCCAUGCCAUGGUGUGGAUCUUGUUCCGGGUUUCAAUUCUGUGGUGGACGGAUUACGGAACAUGGGUUUCGGGACUGAGGAAGAAGGUACGAGUGAGAAUGAGGCGGUGGUGAAGAGCCCGACUAGUGUGAUGGAUCCGGGUCGGGGUGACAGUGGAGAACUGGACCGGGUUCAUUUGCCCAAGAGUAUUUCGAUUCGUUCUAGUGGGUAUCUGAAGGCAGUGCGAGCUGGCGGGAGCAGCAGAAAAGGAGGAGAUUGUGGAAAAGCAUCAAACCAAACCAGAAUUGACAAUGGGACGCAAAGGGUUUAUGUGAACGGAGGGAAGAAGGAGCAAAUAGAACUUGAGGUGUACAAUCAAGGUAUGUUCAAGACAGAGCUGUGCAACAAAUGGCAACAAACUGGCACUUGUCCUUACGGAGAUAACUGCCAAUUUGCUCAUGGCAUCGAAGAGCUCCGUCCAGUUCUCCGCCACCCUCGUUACAAGACUGAGAUCUGCCGCAUGGUCCUAAAUGGCGUUCCCUGCCCUUAUGGCCACCGCUGCCACUUCCGCCAUACUUUGACCGACCAAGAACAGCUCACUAGGGCAAUGAACUCCAACGCUCUUCAGCCACUGGACUAUCGGUAAAGCCCAUUCAUGUGAUGGAAAAUGGAACUGGAUGUGCAUGAAGAGCUGCUUAUGAUAUUUGGAGAGAGAAACCAAAAUUCCCACUAGACUCAGGAAAAAAAGUAAAUACAACUAAGUAGAAGUUGAUUCUGUAAGUAAAUAAGCAUACAAGUCAUAACACGAUAAAGGGUGUGUUGUUUGAUGGAGGAGGUGGCUUCAUUACUUGGAAGUUAGGAAGUUUUAGAGUGAACAGAUUAUGUUUGCUUGCAUCAUUUUGUCGCUU